AUGGGAACCGAUAUUUGUUUUGCGAAAAAAAUACCUCAAAAAUUUAAAUCCUUCAAGUUCAAAAACCUUUUCAAGCAUACGCCAUUCUCCCCUUCUCAUAAACAGUCUCAAGAUGUAGCAGUGGAAACGGCUGAUCUUCCUGAAAAGGCUGUUGUAGCCCACUUCAUGAUGGGUUUGACAAGCACUUAUCAACAGGCUGACUUUGAGUGGGAUAUUAACAAUGCUAUUGGUUAUGGGUUAGACGGAUUUGCUUUGAACUUUGGCAACGAUAGUUGGAUGAUGGAGAAGCUUCAGCUAGUGUAUAAAGCUGCUGAUGCAGUAAACAAAAAUUUCAAGCUAUAUUUGAAUUUGGACAUGGCAGCAAUGGGCAGUGUUCCCGCUAGUGUUGUGACAAAUUAUGUCAAAACGUUUGCCCAGAGUAAACACCAAGCUACCAUUGAUGGUAAAGUAUUGGUUGGAACAUUUUCUGGAGAAACAGUUACUUUCGGAGAGGCCAAUGCUAACAAUGGUUGGCAAACCGAAGUCAAAGACGCAUUAGCAUCCGCUAAAAUUGAUAUCUUCUUCUUGCCUUGUUGGUCCCUUGACGCUAGCGACAUUUAUGAAAAUAAUACUGUUGCUGAUGCAUUUUUCAAAUGGAACAGUUGGCCUUACUACAGUGGAACUCCUCUGUCUGAUUCCGAAGAUCAAACCUUCUUGCAGCAUGCCAAGUCCACAAAAAAGAAGUAUAUGGGCGGUGUAAGUCCAUGUAUGUUCACCCACUUUGCCUCGAAAAAUUUUGUAUUUUUCUCGGAGGGCUUGUGGUAUAGUAGAUGGAUGCAAAUGAUUCAACUUCAACCCGACUAUCUUCAGGUUAUUACUUGGAAUGACUAUGGUGAAAGCCAUUACAUUGGUCCUACAAACAAUAAUGCAGCAUUCCCUGUAGAUGGUACCAAUGCUCACGAUUGGGUUGAUGCUUUCACCCAUGUUCCAUUGGCCGCAACUUUGCCUUACUUUAUUCAAAUGUACAAGCAAGGAACAACUGGUCUUCCAUCUAACUUUCAAGGCCCUUCAACACUUUUCUAUACUUAUCGCAUUCAUUCUAAGAAUGCUAAAGCUAAUGGGGAUUCAAUUGGCCAACCUGACAACAGUCAGAAUUCUAAAGAUGAAAUUGAUGUGAUUGCCUUUUCAAGCUCUAGCUUCACUUUGAAGGUGUCUGUAAAUGGUACCGUUUUGGGUAGCGCUAACAUGAAAGCUGGUGUGACAGCAAAUAGUUUCAGCUUUGUACAAAACAAUGCAACUGUUUCUGGUCUUCCUCUCUUCCAAAUCUUCAAGGGAGCUAGCGAAGUAUCACAAGGUACCGGCCCGCUUAGUAUUUUAGCAGAUGACAGCGUUCCUCAAUACAACUUCAAUCUUAGUUGCGGUGCAGUUUAUUGGUGA